GUUAUACACAUGCAAUUAUCUCUCCCUAACCUUUAUAUAUUAUAUGUAUUAAUGUUUUAAUUUGUAAUUUUUAAAAAUAGUAAUUGAUUUUAUACCUGUGUAAAUAAUUUGUUUUUUCUAAAUCAAUGCUUUUGACUAGAUUCUAUUUCACCUCUGUACAAAAUUGUAGUUAUUCGUAUAAGAAUCUUGAUAAACUAUCAUUAAAAGUAUAUUAUCUGCAAGAACUUUCGACGAUUCUACAGUCUAGGAAGAAUGAUCCUUCACCUUACAAUGAAAGUUUGAAGAACAACCCUGUAUACAACGUUGAUCAACACACAUUUAACAAAUAUGAUAUUACUCAACUUACUCACGAUGUAAACAAAUCAAUAAAUGAUCUUAGCCCAUCACAACUCCUUUCAACGGCCAUUUCAUACACUAAGCUGUAUGGAGUUGGCAAAAAGGAGUGGAAACGCCUAUGCUAUUCUUCUUUGAAACAUAUUUAUGAUAACUGUUACAAUAUUAACGCCAUUUCCUUUAGUCAAAUCGCAAUGAUUCUAUACUCAUACGCAUCUAAGUUUACCAACGAAAUGCCAGUUACAAAUAAACUGCUCAAGGCUUGUGUGAAAUCAACAGGUAGCCUUAACGAGCGUGACAUAUCAAUGAUUCUUUACUAUAUGAGAAGAACAAAGUGUAUUCCAAAAACACUAAACACGCCCCAAGACUUUAAAAAUGCACAGAUUCUUAGAUCGAUUGCAUUAUGUUUAUCAAAAGAAGGAGGGAAUAAGUUAGUCAAGAUGACACCCAUGGGCCUAGUUUCGAUAGUUUACAAUUUUACCCAGAUGGGCAUGAUUCCGUGGUCACUUAUAUACCACUCGUGUAACUUAAUUAAGAAAAAAUCACGGUAUCUUGACUCCAAAUCAAUAGGGUUCCACUCUCGAUCACUUUCGUCACUAAAUAUUAGAGAUAAAAAAGCAUUAGAUUCAUUUGUUUCAACAUUGGAAAACAGGACCAAAAUACCAAUACAGACCAUUAGCUCAUUAUUGUAUUCACUUGCUAAACUAAAGUAUAGACCAAAGGCGUCUUUGUUGCCUGUUUUGAAUUACACUAAGCAGUCGAUUUUUCUAUUUGAUGAUAGGGACUUGGCACUUUUAGUAUAUUCAUUAGGACAACUAGGAAUCAAAUAUGAUGGACUGUUUGACUCAAUUUCAGAGUUCAUUAAGAAGAGGAUUGAUUACCAAUCACCUCAACAUUUAUCUAUGUUUAUAAGAGGAUACUCAAAGUUAGGGAUUUACGAUGAGUCGUUAGUUCAGUCAAUAAUGAGCCAUGUAAUUCAGUUGCUGACUGGAUUUAGCGUGACUCAGCUUGUAUCUGUACUCGACAGUUUAGUGGUUUUAGGUUAUUUUAACGAUUCAGUUUACUCACAACUUCUUGAGCAUUUUUGCACAUUUCAUUCAGAAGAUUUGCCCGAAUAUUCCAUAAACCAGCUUAACAGGAUAAUGUACAGCACUAAACUUGAACAUCCUGAGUUCAUAUCCAAGGCUCCUACUUACAUAUCAUCCUUGUUUGAUCAAUAUCAAGGAGUAUUCAUGAUUAGAGAACUCAAGGAUUCGUCGGACUCUCUAUUCAGAUGCUUGAAACAACUAAACGUUGAUUAUGAAAUUGGGCAAAAGGCUGGACCGUACGUGCCAGACGCUAUUAUUGAUGGGAAAAUUUGUAUUGACAUUGUAUCAAAGGGAUCAGUGUGUCCAAUUACAGGUUCAUUUUUGGGAUCAGUGAAUAUGGCUGAAAGGCACAUGAAUAUUCUAGGAUACGAGUAUAUAAAGAUACCUAAGCAAGAAUGGGUUAAGAAAAGCGAUUCACAGAGAAUAACCCUGUUAAAACAACUGCUAAGCAGUAAGCCGUAUGGUAAAUUUGUCUAAAU